UGGGCGGUCACUUCCGGAGAAGGUUGGUGGAAAGGCUGGGAGCUUUCCUGUUUGCAGCUUUGAGUCCCGAGUUUUGCCCCACGUUCCCACUCCAUUCCACUCUUGGGUUCCUACGGAGCCCUUUUCGUGGGAGUAAGUCAUGGCUGCAGACCCGGAGGCGACCACGGAUACUUCCCUUGCCGCUGGAGCUGGAGGGAAGGAAGCCGAACAUGUCAAACCUUUUACACCAGAGAAAGCGAAAGAAAUUAUAAUGUUUUUACAACAACCUGCAAUCUUUUAUAACAUGGUUUUUGAUUGGCCAGCACGACACUGGACUGCUAAACACCUUUCUGAGGUCCUUCAUGGAAAGCAGAUACGAUUCAGAAUGGGAAUGAAAAGCACCAAUACAGUUCCUCAGUUUGAAACUACAUGUAGUUACGUAGAAGCCACACUUGAAGAGUUUCUGACCUGGAACUGUGACCAAUCUAGUGUUUCCGGACCAUUUAGAGAUUAUGAUCAUUCCCAGUUCUGGGCUUAUGCUGACUAUAAAUAUUUUGUCCAUCUAUUUGAAGACAAGACAGAUAUAUUUCAGGAUGUGAUAUGGUCUGACUUUGGGUUUCCUGGAAGAACUGGACGGGAAAGUACAUUGUGGAUCGGCUCCCUGGGGGCCCAUACCCCCUGUCACCUGGACUCCUAUGGUUGUAACUUAGUGUUCCAGGUACAAGGAAGGAAAAGAUGGCAUCUCUUUCCUCCUGAAGAUACUCCUUUCCUUUAUCCAACCAGAAUCCCUUAUGAAGAAUCCAGCGUGUUCAGUAAAAUCAAUGUUGUCAAUCCCGAUUUAAAACGUUUUCCUCAGUUCCAGAAAGCUCAAAGACAUGUGGUUACAUUGAGCCCAGGACAGGUUCUAUUUGUUCCCAGACACUGGUGGCAUUACGUGGAAUCCAUUGAUCCUGUCACCGUCAGUAUAAACUCAUGGAUUGAGCUGGAAGAGGACCACCAAACCCGAGUAGAAGAAGCAAUCACCCGUAUGGUUGUGUGUGCCCUGAAAACUGCAGAGGAUCCAGACAAUACCAGAGCUUGGUUAAACCCAACUGAGGUUGAGGAAACAUCUCAUGAAAUCAAUUGUCACUACUUAAAUGGAGCUGUGUCUGCUUUUCUUGAUCAUUACAGAACAUCUAAGGUAGUAGAGACUCAAACACUAAGAACAAGCAGAGAGCACAAGAAAAAAGAAAAAUUAAAUAUGCACAACCAAAUGCAGGUGGAGCAAACAUGUAGCCAGAACUUAACCAAAGGAUCAAUAAAACAGGAAGCAGCAAGUCCCUUUGGCCCUGAUCUGGUCGCUGUAAUAUCAAGUUCUGAAGAAUCAUCUUUGGAAAGAGGAGACGUAUUUGAAAGUGAUGGUAAAGACUUUGUUGACAAAGAUGGAGAACAUUGUGGAAAAUUGCACUGUACAAAGAGGCAACGAAUGAUGAGCAAAAGUGUGAAUGCAUUUGUGGGGCACAUUGCAUCAGAUAACACUAUGGUCCCUUCUCAGACAUUCAUUUCUACAGAUGACUUGCUGGACUGCUUGGUGAACCCACAAGUAACCAGGAUAGUAGCACAACUUUUGAUACAAGGGAAAAGCUUGUGAUUCUAAUAGAAGAUGACUUUUAAAAUAAUACCUUUAAAAUAUUUUUAAAUAGUAUUAUUUUUUAAAUAAAAGGUAGAAUAGCAAAAGUUCAAUGCUUGUAAAUGUACUUGUCCUUACCUAAUUAAAUUUUGAAGUCUCCUGCCUUCUUUCAGGCACAUUGCUCUCUGGACACAAGUGGCUCCUUAUUAUUCAUAGGCCUCCUUUCCUCAAUACCUUUGCUCAUAGUUUCCUCCUCCAUUCCAUCCUUUCAGUCUCAAAUGUUGGCUCCAAGUGCUGCUAGCCAGUUAUUCUCUCCAUCAGCCUUUAAUGUGGCCCACAGACCAACCUGCUAUUGUUUUUGUAAAGUUGUACUGGAACACAGGCAUGCCCGUUCACUUACAUAUUUUCCAUGGCUGCUUUAGAGUUACAAUUGCAGAGCUAAGUGGUAACCAAGACUGUAUGACCUGCAAAGCCAAAAAUAUUCACUAUCUGGCCAUUUACAGAAAGUUUGCUAACCCCUGGCCUAAUGGAUUCAUGAAUUUCUGUCAUCCAGAGCAGGAUUAUCAAGCAGGAGACAAGUCAGUGGGGUUAAUAUGAGGCCUUCUUAUGACAGGAACUUGAAUAGCUAAGAGCACCAGCACUGGGAAUAAAAAGGACUGGAUGCUGACUCCUGAAAUAUUGACUAAAAGCUUAAAUCAGGGAAAUUGAUCCCAUUCUUCUAUUUGCAAAAAGACCUUGGCAUAUUACCAUUACUAAGUAAGAAUUUGGAAAUUAGAAAAGCAUAUCAAUCUGAGUAACCAUGCAUCAAACAAAUACACAAUAGAAAAAAUAUGCAAAGUCACCUUUUGUGAUGAAUUGGCUACUGGCCCCAUUUUAUUAUCUUCAGACUAAGAGUAUCAAUAAAUCCAAAGAAAGUAUGUACCUUCCUAGAGGGAGGGAGACAGGUGGGGAGGGUGUUAUUAGGAGCAUGCAUAGGAAAA